UGUGGAGGAGCCACUUGGGUCCGGAGCAGGGGCGCAGGGAGUGUCCCAAGAACCACUGAGGAAGAUGUGGGACCCCUGAGGCCUGCCUGCCCAUCCUGCUGGCCAUGCUGACCUUGGCAUCCCCCCUCCCCGUUACCAAGAUGGUCUGGGCCCUCCUGCUCCUGGCUGCCUCCCUGAGUGCUCAGAGAGGAAGCUGGGACAACCCUACCUGCACCAAGGGCGUGGUGUCUGUGUCCAGGGGGGAGCACGCCAUAAUGGCCUGCAACAUCUCCAACCCCUUCUCCCGCGUCACCAUCUGCCUGCGUCCGGCCCCCGGGAAGGACUGCCAGCACAUCUUCAGGGAGGUCGCCCCAGGACACUUAUCCUGGGCUGGGUGGCAGCUGCGGGUUCAAGGAGGCGUGGCACAGCUGGUGAUUGAGGACGCCUCAGACGCCCAGGCUGGCCAGUACAAGUGGCAUCUCCAAGGACGCCAGAGAAGCGUUGCAACCACCACCCUGAAUGUCUCAGAGCCCGAGGACCUGCUCUUCACACCUUCUUCAGGCCCAGAGUUGCCACGCCCCCUGUCCGAGGUGGGGAGCCAGUCUGACGUGGUCCUUGUCAUCCUUGUCAUUGUCACACUCUCCAUCCUGGUGGUCGGCAUGUGGGCCUGGUACAGAAGCAAGAACAAGUUUGGGGACCCUCCUGCCAGCGGUGGCGAGGGCCAGCAGCAGGGAUGA